AUGUACCCGAUACCAGACGAUCCUGGCCUGGUACCAGCGUUCUGGAAUAUUCGGGAGAGUCCAACCAGUUACCCAGACGAUGGCGUGGCGAAGUUAAAUGAUUUGAUCAAGGUGUCCAAGAUCCAGCCUAUAAAGUCUUUGGAUGACAUGCUGCUGUCCAGUGAAAUCAAUUUACAGUAUUACGGAGUGGACCCAAGGAUUAUCAGGCCUCUUUGCGAAGCCCUUAUGGAGAACACUACUGUGCAGACUAUCAAUCUUACGGAGAACUGGUUAUCAGAAGACGCAUGCUAUCACCUGACCGACCUGCUCUUAAGAAACAGCUUCGUGAACACUCUACUGCUAUCAGGAUGUCGAAUCGGUGCGAAAGGCGUCGAGAGGCUUCAGGACGGAAUUUCAAACAACACAACCUUGAUCAGGCUAGACCUCUCCAAUUGCAACAUUGGUGCAGAAGGCCUCGAUUACGUUGCAACAUCAGUCUGCAACAGCAGCAGCCUCGAGAGCCUCUCCCUGAACGAUAAUCACUUGGACGAAUUUUGCGUCGACGCUCUACAAAAGCUGGUCUCGUGUUCGGAUACCCUGCAGCAAUUGGAGCUGUCCUGGAACUCCUUGUACACCGCGGUGACCUGGAGGAAAUUGAGCAAAGGGAUCGAGAACAGCGUGGCUUUGGCCGAUCUUGACUUAUCCUGGAACGCAUUGGGCAAAGAAUGUGUUCCCUAUCUUCGUCAACUAUUGGUGCGUUCUCCAACACUGACGAAGUUGAAUCUGAGUGGAAACCGAUUUUACGAUGAAGACGCUGUGGUCAUCGCCAGAGGCCUGACGAGAAACAAAGUAUUGGAAGAGUUGUAUUUAGGAAACAACCCUUUGAAAGUGGACGGCGCGUUUGUUCUUGUUCGAGCAGUCACCCCGCAAAGGUCUCCUGAAAGUCAGUUACGCGUUCUGGACCUUACGAACAUUUGGGCGAAUAAAAGUAUAUUGAAAGAGCUGAAUGCAAUCGAAAAUGGCAGACCUUGGUUGAAGGUCAAGCUGGGAGGAAUACUCAGCAACUACGAGAUCCGUGGUCCAGAUGUGAAGGCUUUACUUUUUAGGAGAGCGAACUUUGAGGCGCUGAGACCGAAGAAGAAACGACGACGCAGAAACUUCGGCCACUUUGUGUUGUCGCUGGCUGAUGAUCUCAUUUCGAGAGCGAAAUUUAUGGAAUCAGUGAGCCGCUUCCGGUUGAAGCUCUCGAAGACUCUUGUAGAUGCGAUUAUGAAUGAAUUUAUUGGAGCAAGAAAUACUGUGGACCAAGAAUUAUUAAAGUCAGUUUACUUGACACUAUACCCUGAUACGAAACUUCCACCAGAGAAACCAAAGAAGAAGAAGAAAGCUAAAGAGAAAGGGUUAAAGCGGAAGAAGAAGGUAAAGGAUUAA